GCUGGCAGGACGCCUGCGGGUGUCGGGCAGCGGCCGAGGAGCCAGGCAGGGUUCGGUCUGUUUGAAUUAUGGAAAUGGAUUCCACGUGAAGGUUUAUCAUCGAAAUGGCAGGAGCGGCAUUUUGUCUGAUCCCACCAGCCUGGUCAGGCAGAAGCGAGAAUGGACAGUCCCUCCGGCUUUCAUACGGGAAGAGGAGGACAAUUCCUAUAAGAAUCCAAUCGCUAGAAUACAUUCUGAUCUAGAAGAUACAGGGGUAGUGGUGACUUACACUAUAUCUGGCCAAGGAGUAACAGAACCCCCUUUUGGAUUAUUUGUUAUCAAUGGAAAGACUGGAGACCUGAACAUAACAGGAAGGGUUGACAGAGAAAAGACUCCGAUGCUGCUUCUCAGAGGUCAUGCACUAGAUAAGACUGGAGCAAAACUGGAAGAGCCAAUAGACCUCCCAAUUAAAGUUGUGGAUAUAAAUGACAAUUCUCCAGUGUUCUCACAUGAAGUUUUUGUUGGUUCAGUUGAAGAAUUAAGUGAAACAGGUACGAUUGUAAUAAGGAUAAAUGCAACAGAUGCAGAUGAACCAAAUAACCUAAAUUCCAAAAUUGCUUUCAGGAUUGUUUCCCAAAGCCCUAGUGCUGCAUUCAGUAUGGAUAAGGAUACUGGCGAGGUCCGAGUAGCAAAAAUAAACCUUGACAGAGAGACCCAAAGUAGCUAUUCCUUGGUGGUGGAAGCAAAAGACCGUGGUGGUGAAUUGGGUGGGAACGCUGCAACAUGUUCUUUAGAAAUCAAGAUUUUGGAUGUCAAUGACAAUGUGCCUGUGGUUGAAAGUCACUCAUUCGAAGGAAGCAUUGAAGAAAACAGAGCAAAUGUGGAAAUUCUGCGAAUAAAAGUAUUUGACAAAGAUGAGGAGUUUUCUGAUAACUGCCUGGCAAACUUUUCGUUUGUUUCUGGUAAUGAGGGCGGCUUUUUUCGUAUAGUGACAGAUAACCGAACAAAUGAAGGAAUUUUGACCGUUGUGAAGGAACUGGAUUAUGAAAAAAUGAAAAGCCUGAACUUGGGCAUUGUUGUAACAAACAAAGCAGAGUUCCACAAGUCCGUUAAAUACAGUUCUAAAGCACAGACAAUUCCAAUCAAAAUUAACGUGAUUAACGUGCGGGAAGGCCCUCUAUUCCCCGGGGGCACCAAAGUUAUCGAAGCGAGUGAGAAGCUGCAGAUAAACCAGGUUGUUGGACAGUAUCAAGCCUAUGAUGAAGACACUGGAAAAACAGCAGAGCGCAUCAUAUACAUGAAAGGAAGAGAUACAGCAAACUGGAUCACAAUAGACCCGGUCACAGGUGAAAUCAGACUUGCCAAAACGCUCGAUUACGAAUCGCCUCAUGUAGUAAAUGGUACCUACACGAUCACCAUGCUGGGGGUAACUACUGAUUUUCCAAAAAAAACAGUCACCGGCACAGUUGUUAUUCAAGUGAAAGAUGAAAAUGAUAACUGCCCAGUUAUUGUGAACGCGGUGCAGACCGUGUGUUCAGAUGCAAAAUCAGUCGAUGUCACAGCUAACGAUUUGGAUGGUCACCCAAACAGCGAUCCCUUCAGCUUUACUGUCAUUGAUGAGCCACAAGGGACAGCAAAACAAUGGAUGAUUGCAUCCAGCAAUGGCACCAGCAUACAGCUGGUACCACAAAACCUGAAGCUGGGAAGAACUGAAGUUCCCAUCCUCAUAAAGGAUUUCCAAGGGUCCAGCUGUGCUCAGGCACAAUCUCUGCAGCUGACUGUUUGCAACUGUGCAGAUGACGGCGCGUGCAAAGAGAAAGUGGUUGGUGCCAAGUCGGUGGGUUUGGGACCAGGAGCGGUUGCGCUGAUCAUCUUGGCGUUUUUACUCUUGCUGCGUAUUCCGCUGUUGCUGCUGCUGUGUCCCUGCGGCUCGGGCGCGAAGGGGUUUGCUGCGAUACCGGACUACAGCGAAGCAAUGUUGCGGCAGUGGAACAGCGAAGGAGCAGCUCCCGAGGAGAAGGCAUUGCUAAGCUUCAUCCCACCCACUGGACUGGGCAACUCGAGAGGAGCGGCCAGCGGAGCAGCAACAGCGGCGGCGGCAGCGGCAGGGAUGAGUGGAGAGGAGGCUGCAGCAGGAGGAGGAGGCAGCUCUGCCUCUCACGUGAGAGACCGUCUCAGCACCAUCACCAAGGAAGGGUGGGAAGAGCAAAGACAUCUCCUUUCUGGUGCUGAGUAUGGAGCCAUGGCAGCCGGAGGGGCUGAAGGCCUGGCAGGUGAGGAAGGCAAGACGGUGGUGGCUGGAGGAGGAGUCGCAAUGGGAGCGGCAGGAGCCAUGAACGAGGAAUUUUUAAGAGACUACUUCAAUGACAAAGCUGUCUCUUUUGCGGAUGAAGAUGAAGCCCACGCUGCCAACGACUGUCUCCUGGUUUAUUCCCAGGGAGAGUCAGGCUCCCCCCACGGCUCCAUCGGCUGCUGCAGCUUUAUUGAGGGUGACCUUGAUGACCAUUUCCUUGAUGAUUUGGGAGACAAAUUUAAGACUCUAGCAGAGAUAUGCAUAGGCAGACACAUCAACAUGAAAGAGGGUAGCUCCAGGAACGAAUCAGGUUUCGGUCUGAGUGACGCCAAGUCGCGGUUCUUAGAUCAGCAGAACGCUCCCAGCUCCCAACAAGCCUUUGCCUCAGGCACCCGCUUCCAGCCCGCCCCACCAGUGGGUGGUGGCGCAGGAGAAGACACCCUGUCCAAGGAGGUGGUCACGGAAACAACCUUUGCAUCCCGCUCCGGGCAGCUCGACGCCCGGCCCCUCCCCAUGGCCCACACGGAGACCGAUUUCACCGUGACGGAAACGUCCUACUCCGUGGGGGCUCCUGCCCGCUCGGCCGCCGCCUUCCCAGACCCCCAGUUUAAGGAGAACAUAGUGGUGACAGAGAGAGUGCUGGCCCCCGCGUCCACCUUGCAGCGGCUGGUGGAAAUCCCCGAUUUGCCGCGUGGGAGUAACGUGGUGGUGACGGAGAGGAUGGUGAAGUCGGAGGGUGCGGGGCCAGGAGCCCUGAUGGUUCAGGAUCUUCCCGACUCCCCGUACGUCGUGGUGAGGGAGCGGGAGAGGGUGCUGGUGCCCGAGGGCUCGCUCGGCUUCCCCGCUUCGGCAGAGGGGGUGAACGAAAGGGUGGUGACGGCCUCGGGGAUGCUGAGCAGAGCCGAACAGGCGGCGGGUACCGGCCCGGCAAGGCAAGAGCACGUCUUGAUCACAGACUCCCUGCUCAACCCGGCGGGCUCCGACGCGGAAGGGCCACCUCCUGCCAGCGCCACGCUGAGCAAGUCUUCCCGGGUCACCACGUACAGCACGGUGCAGUACACUCGCUCAUAG